AAAAAACGGAGAGUACUCCGCGCAUGCGCACAUCGAAAAAGAAAGCAGACUAGGGAGCUCUGGGCAAUUUUAGCUAAAUAGUUCGAUGGCGGUGAUUUUUAUCGUUUAAAUAAAGAUGUCCAAAGCGCCUGUGACACAGGCCAGUGCAUCGGCAGUCAACCUCGGACCUUCAUCGUCCUCUUCUUCACCGCCUUUGUCUUCUCCCGCCAACGCUCUGCACGCGCAAACGGAGAAGCCGCAACACUACACAUAUCUGAAGGAGUUCAGGACGGAGCAGUGUCCUCUGUUUGUGCAGCACAAGUGCACUCAGCAUCGGCCCUUCACCUGCUUCCACUGGCACUUCCUGAACCAGAGACGGAGACGGCCAAUCCGCAAGCGGGACGGCUCAUUUAACUACAGCCCCGAUGUUUACUGCGCCAAGUACGACGAGGGCACGGGCACCUGCCCCGACGGAGACGAAUGUCCUUUCCUGCACCGGACAGCCGGAGACACAGAGCGACGUUACCACCUGCGCUACUAUAAGACCGGCUCCUGUAUUCAUGAGACGGAUGCGAAAGGCCACUGUAGUAAAAACGGCCCCCACUGUGCCUUUGCUCACGGCUCUCACGAUUUGCGAUGUCCCGUCUACGAUAUCAGGGAGGUCCAGGCUCUGGAGGCUCAGACUGGAUCCGGUUUGAUGGAGAGUGGAGUCGGGGAUGGACAGUCUGGAUUAGUGGCCAGCGCUGCUCUUAUAGAGAAGACGCUGAGUGAGGAGCCACGAUGGCAGGAUAACGGCUACGUAUUGUCACACUAUAAGACCGAGCUCUGUAAAAAGCCUCCUCGUCUGUGCCGCCAAGGUUACGCCUGCCCGUAUUAUCACAACAGCAAAGACCGCAGGCGCUGCCCUCACAAGCACAAAUACAGAGCCUUGCCGUGUCCCUCGGUAAAACACAGUGAUGAGUGGGGAGACCCGAGUAAGUGUGAAAGCGGCGAGAGCUGCCAGUAUUGUCACACACGUACCGAGCAGCAGUUCCACCCUGAGAUCUACAAAUCCAGCAAAUGUAAUGAUAUGCAGCAGAGUGGCAGCUGCCCCAGAGGGCCUUUCUGUGCUUUCGCCCACCUCGAGAAAGCAAGUGUGAGUGAGGAUCAGCCUUUCACAGACUGCAGCUCUUCUCCUUCCUCAGCCCUCGCUUCAGCAAUCACAGACAACACAGAGCAAAGCCUUCUGGGAAGGAUCCUGUUUGAGGAGACCACCAUUUUGGAUCCCCUGAAUUCCAUCUGGGCUGGAGAGGGGGGUUAUGGGAAAGCGCCCGGCUUUGAGCGGGAGGAUCAGGCGAAACAGAAGACGUAUGCAAUGGAACAUCGCAGUAGAGAGAUUGGUUUACAUAGCAAGCCGGAGCUGUCUGUGUUCUUGCCCGUGGGCAGUCCCCUCAGCCUGUCGUCCAGCGUGCCCUCCAGCCUGGCGGCGACUCCUCCCAGCCCCGCCCCUUCUUCUAGCAUGAAUGCCAACGCACUGCCGUUCUAUCCCACCAGCGACACCGUAGAGUCUGUAGUAGAGUCUGCACUGGAUGAUCUGGACCUGAAUGCGUUUGGAGUGUCGGCUCUGGAGAAAAGUCUGGAGAGCAGCUCCACGCCCAGCAUGGGACUCAUGAUAGGAGGGAGUCAGCUUCAGAGUUCGGCUCCUGUUAACAUCCCCGGGUCCUUCAGCAGCCCCUCCCCUUUCAGAUCCGCCUCUCCCUCUCCUCCAAUCAGAGCUCAUGCUUCUCCAUUUCUGUCUGCUCAGUUACCACCACCCACCCAAUCCGAGAGCAGUUUUUUGGGACCAUCUCAUAGUUCUUUAGGUCUGAAUGGAAUGAGCAGUAAUAUCUGGGAACAUUUUCCCCUGGGUUGUUCUCCCGGCACACCUCCAGCCCUGCUCUCUACUGGAACCAUGUUCUCCGAGGCUUCCCGUCUGAAACAAGAAUUGGAGGAGGCUCACAGGGUGCUGAAGCACUGGGACCACAGCUGGAGGCAGAUGUCUCAGUCAUGGGCGGUGCUGAAGGCUGAUGCUGAAGACGCUCGCUUGCUGGCAGGCCGGUUGGGUUUGGAGGCAGAGAGAGCGCGUCAGGCUGAGGAGGAGGUGCAGGAGCAGGUCACGCUCCUCGAGGAAGUGCUAGAGGGCUUACGCACCUCUGAUAACCCGUUACUGCAGCUUCACCAGCUCCAGCUGUUGCACAAACUUCCUCUGAGCUCCAUCUGCAGCCUGCAAACUCAGAUCUGCACCUGCUUACGGACGGUGGAACAGGCCGUGUAUAGGAAGCAGCGGUUAUGUUGUGUGUCGUGUGAGGAGUUGGGCUCCGUGGCAUUGCCGUGUCAACACGGCGUGUGUUGCGAACGUUGUGCGGUCUCGGCCGAAUGCCCCGUGUGCUCCGAACGUCAGCAGAGCCUGAAUCUACCCCAGUCCUAAUCAACAGCCAUAUAAUCCUGAACCGUUUCUUACACUUAGCACUGAACAUCUCUCUGAGCUUUAUCAUCCUCCUCCUGGAGAUUUAGUUCAGUUCCAGCACAGAUCCAGCAUUCCUACAGCCAGGUGCAUCAGCUGCAUGCAAAUUCGAUCGCAAAUAGCUGCUACAAGAAAAGUUGUUUUAAUAAUUAUAACAAAACUCAACUCAGAACCCCAAACAUUUAUUGAUGAUAAAUCCAAGAGAAGAAUAACUUUAGACCAAAAACACAAUAUAUGUUUCGAUUUAACUGUAAGUUGGAUUAAUUAUUAUGCUUUUUGUGUUCUUUAUAUGCUAUGGCAGUAUCGGAUUCUCGAUUCUGAUUGGUUGGAAAGCGUUGAUUCAUUUUCUAUGACAGCACCUCUGACAGUAGUCCCAUCUCCAGAUCACAGAUUUUUAUUGAUGCACUCGUUCUGAUACGUUUCUAUAGUAACCGUAUACACUCCAUAUAAACUUUAGUUUUUGGGGUUUUGUAAGAUGAUGAUUAACAUUUCUGGAAGGAGUCGCAGUGUCAGUGCGUUGUGUGAAUCUGGUUAGGAAAUCACUGUUUAUUUCGAUUAAGGACACAUUUAAGAUGCUGAAUUAUGACUACAGUGCAUCUGGCUGCAUUUUCAGAUAUACAGUAUAUAUUAAAAAAGUUGCUGUGAUGAAUUAUGGGUUCAAAUAGAUUCUAGGAUUAUCAGUUCGUAAGCUUUUUGCUGGGAGCUGGAUCUCCAGGAGAAGGUUUGAAAUGGCCGAGUAAAACUUUUUACCUCAGCUCUCUUACUUUAGUUCUCACACACACACACACACACACUCUGAUCUUAAGACACGAAUACAGGAGAAAAUGAACAGUAUGAACGUUUCAGAUGCACUGCCAGAUCCGCAACCAUGACACACUUUCUGCACUGAACUACUUUCUAUCCCAAACUACUUUUCAAACCUGUCCUCUUUUUCCAAAUUCUUUUUUUCCACGCUCUGUGGCGCUCAUUUGAGAGACAUCUUGGAUCAAAUUAACGCUGUUAAGUGUCCUGCUUUCAUGACGCACUCCUGAACUUUGGGGCACAACAUUGAUACCAUGCACUCUUUGGGGGGGGGGGACAGUAGCCUUUUGUACCUUUUAAUUUAACUUUGAUAUAGUGCACAUUUAAAGUGUGAUUUUUUUUUAAUCAGUGAUACCUUUUAGAGUGAAGCUUUAGAGCUACACUAAAUGUACCUUUCUAGGUACAAGAUGCAUAAUAAAGGUACAAAAGGAAAGCUUCAGUACUCUUUGAUUCAGAUCUCACAAUGUAGGCUCGAAGCUCUCCAUGUGUUCACGAUUCACCUUCUGGUGCCCUGUUUUGGGUGCAGAGAUGUAACGUUGUCUGAAUUCUCACUCUUAAGUUAAAUCGUGAACAGUAUUAUUACCCAUAGUGCACUAUUAGAGAGCCAAAAUGGACACCAAAGCAGCUGACCUCAUAUCUCCGUAAUAAUUUGAAGCGAAUAGAAACUUUUUACUGGGACGUUUAAUGCAAAAAAAAAAAAUCAUUUUUAAUACCUCUGUAUUUUUAUAAUAAGCAAAUUAUUUAUUUAUCCAAUCCAGCGUCUCCCUCACGGCUGCCCCCUACAUAGUGCUCCCUAUUGAACAGUCUUUAUAGCGGAUAGGGAACGAGUCAGACGCCAAGCGAUUACGGACGCAGCCCAAGAAAGAAAGAUCCGUGAUUGUCUCAAGUACGAGAUCUUUCAUACUCGCUUCUUGCACUGUUUGAGGUUUAUAGUCAGAUUAACACCGUGGGGUCAGGCUCCAGGGCAGCAUGCACAUGCUUGCUUCUUUUUUUUAUCUAACCUCGAAACAAAGGAUGAAAAAUCGAAUGAAGUGAAACUCCUGAGAGUUGGUGUGUUGGAAGAUGAUCACAGAUCUCUAGAGUUUUCGCUUUAAAGCCUGUAUAUAAAGAACAGUCUGAGAUCCUUCCUCUUCUCCCUUCUUCUUCUACACACACACACACACACACACUUGCUCAUAUAUGGCUGUUGGCUAGUACCCAUUUUUCUUUUCAAAAGCAAUUGACUUUUCUUUUUUUUUUCCAAUAUUGUAAGUAAAAAGAAAAAGGUAUGAUUGUGGGAACAAAAAUAUCAGCCAUAUGAAUGUUUAUUAUCAGCACUUAUCAUUUCAACUCGUAUUUCCAGCUCUGUUGAUCCGAUUUUCGUUUAGAAAUAGACGUUUGCGUAAAAAUCUCUCUCUUUUUUUUCCCCCCCAGACUGCACAAAUUUCCCAGACGGACCAGGAAGUGUCGGAACCUCCGAUCCGAUUAUUUCCUGGAUUUCCUUUGAAUGUGUUAUCGAAGAAUGUUCGGGAUGCACCAGCUGAGUUCCGAGACAGAUAUCUGGAUCGCUGUUGGUUUAGUUUUUUCAAUGCAUCAAAUGAAAGUCUGUCUGGUUGACUGACCUCACAGAUGAUAAUGUAGUGAUAAUUUAAUACAGCAUGGCAAGUAUGAUUUAAAAUGAUAUAUUUUUUAUUAUAAAAUAAUUAAGGAAACAUUUGCUGUUAAGUAAUUAAUGACCCAGUGGUGUGAUGCAGUCUUUUAUCUGUCUAUCAGAUCCUGAAGUCUUUUAUCUGUCUAUAUCUAUAUCUUUUAUCUAUAAGUCUGAUAUCACAGCAAUUACACAUACAAUCAUUUUUUUUUUAAAUAUUAAUUAUUCUGGCCAAUCAGAAUUUUUCAGCACUGUGGUAUAAAUAUACGAUUGAUUUAUUACUCCAUGUUCAGAGCCACAGAAGUGCUCUUGGAUCAGACUCGGAUCAGAUUCAUCUGAUACCCAGCCAUGAUAUCGGUUUCGUAUCACACUUGGUGCAUCUCCGUUUUAAUGAAUGUUCAUCAUAUGCAUAAUUGGUCUAGACCGUUCUUGGAUUCUAUUCGGAAAAAUUUCGCUUGCAACGUCUUCACUACACAAACUAGUUACAGCAUUACCGAAAGCUAUCUUUUUACAUUUUUAAGCUUUUUUGACUCGUUUUGGUAUUUUGUGCGGACAGGUGUCUUAAUAGUAAAGUUCGAUUUAGCGUCUUUUCCGUGCACUGACUCCGCCCACCCGCUCGAGUACAGCGUUAGACCCGUGUGAGCGCGAGACCGCAUAGCUACCGUAUAGAGAUGGAGUGGAGUGUAAGUGGUGAUUUAAGAUAUGAAGGGCUGCUUCACAGAGUAGUGUUUUCUCACUGAUAAGGUUUCACUCAGCUCCUCAGGAGAUCGGCAGCCGGUGAGACGAAAUCACGCUGGAGCUGUGCGAAGAGUUUACAUUCGACUCCUUUUUUAAAGCUUUUCAGGUCAGAGCUUCACUGUAUGGUCUGUAAUCGUCUGCUCGAAACCAUUCAGUAUUUCAUUCUGAUUUUCUACAAAACAAUAAAUAAAAAUGUAUAUUUUUGGAUUAA